AUGGCCUUUGCCCGGCAGCGCCUCACCAGUAGCCCCGUGGUGGGUAAAGUGGUCGAGUGGAAGAAGACACAUGGCUGGAUAGAGCCGGAGUGCAGCAUCGAGCACCCAGAUAUUGGCAAACAUCAAGGUCACAUCUUUGUCCAUGGUGAAGACAUCGUGCCCAAGUGGCGAGGUUUGGUCGCUGGAUCCAUGGUGGAGUUCAUCCUCUACUUGGACGGUCAUGGCUUGGGCGCAGAAGAGUGUAUCGCCCGAAAGGUCUUGAGAGUGACCUUGGCCUGGAAGCACGCGCAGGAGCUCUUCGGCGAGACGGGGGAGAAACUCGCAGACUUUGAGGCAAAGAUGCAGGUGAGCAUCCGUGCAUAUCAGUGGUGCCAAAUGGAUGGAUCCAGCAGUGACCUGCCGUUUCUCCUCUUUGAGAUUUGGGGACGGCCGCAGGCAGUUGUUGAAACGGUGGAUGCAUUGGCCAUUCGCAGAGAGGAAGCCAAAGAUGAAGAGACGCUUUGUGUGAACCUCUUACUUCCAGAGAGCCGCCUAUGGAAGGUGGACCUGUUCCAAUUGCAGCAGUAUGGGGGAUUGGAGGUCUCUAGCUCCAUCACCAUCACUGAUCCCAUGCCUUGUCGAACGUUGACGUUGCAGGCGAUGCAACCCAAUUUCCGCUCUGCUUUGCAUGCGCUCAUCGCACAGGUCGGGACCUCCUAG